AUGCUCCUGGGAGGCUGGCUCCCGCUGGCCUCCAGUGCGGGCCUCCUCCUGUCCUGGGCACUGGCCUCCAGACUGUGUCCGAGGAGGGGCAGUGGACUGAUGCCAGGGCUACAGGCCGUGGCAGGGAAGCCACUGCUGCUGGGAUCACUGGCCCCACCAUCCAGCCUGGACUCCCCGUUAGCCAAAGCAGUCUGCGAGGCCCCCUCCAUGCACCGUGGUGGGCAGUGCCCUGGGUGGGGCUAUGUCACUGCCAUCCUCAAUGCAAUCCUGGCCAGCCUCCUGCCCAUCAUCGGGUGGCCCUGAAUGACCAAGGUCCAGCGGAAUGCCAUCUUCUCCAGUGACACUGAGAAAAUUAUCCUUGUGCCAGAAGUAAGCAAAUAA